AGAUUUAAUAUAUGUGUACUUGAAAUUAAGCACAUACAGAUAAACCUUAAACUAUAAAAACCGUAAAUUUGAUCAAAAUCCAUCAUUCAUCAUGUUGAAAUUAGUGAUUACUCUUGCCUCUAUCGCAGUCAUCGUUUUGGCUGCGCCAAAAUUUAAGCAAACCAAGAGACCUCUGCCUAGUCCGAAAAUCGUCGGUGGCAAAGACGCUAACAUCACUGAUUAUCCCUACCAGGUUUCACUGUUGUGGGAUGAAUCCCACAUUUGUGGUGGAUCUAUCAUUUCCGAAAAAUGGGUUGUGACUGCUGCCCAUUGCACCGAUGGAACUGAAGCUGACGAAUUGAAAGUAAGAGUCGGAUCCUCAAUUGUCGACGAAGGGGGCGUAGUAAUUGAUGUCGCAGCGAUCCAUCAGAACCCGGCGUUCGACUAUUGGGCCCUCAACAACGACAUUUCCAUCCUGGAAUUGGCUUCAGAAAUCACUUUUGGCGACAACGCACAGCCAAUCGCUUUGGUUGACGCAAACGUUGUGGUUGCAGCUGGCACGGAAGCCGUCGUCACCGGAUGGGGUCUACUUAACGAAUACGAUUGGGAUCUCUCUCCUCAACUCCAAGUCGUCAGUGUACCAAUUGUCAGUAAUGUAGACUGCAAUGUGGCUUAUGACGGCGAAGUUACCGACAAAAUGAUCUGCGCUGGUGUUCAAGAGGGUGGCAAAGACGCUUGUCAAGGAGAUUCUGGCGGACCACUCGUUGCCGAUGGUAAAUUGGUGGGCAUUGUGUCUUGGGGAUACGGUUGUGCACAUGCCAAUUAUCCUGGUGUCUACUCCAACGUCUCCGCUUUAAGAGAUUAUGUCACUGAAAUUACUGGUCUGUAGGUUUAUGAUAUUGUACAUAUUGUUGAUAAUAAUAAAAAAUAAUUAA